AUGGGGCCGCUGCCCAAGCCUCGCAGCGCGGUGCCGUUGCCGCCACCGUCGCCACCGCCAUCCAAGGGCCUUUCCACGUCGUCGACGGCAGCGACAACGGUCAUCAAGACGAAGAAGAAGAUGAAGAAGACAAAGCACCCGCUGCAGAAAGGCCGCUUCACUUGGGGGCUGCGCAUGCGCGCCAAGAAGCAAGACGUCGCUGCACGUAUGAUCCAGCGGCUCUUCCGCAGCUACGCGGCCCGGUGUCGCCACAUUGAGAACCGGUAUCGCGUGCGCAUGGCCAUGACGCGCGUCAAGGCCCUCCACGUGCUCUUCGACCGGACGCACUGGCAGCAGGUCGACUUGCACGCACUCAAGCGCGCCGAGCUCGAGGAUCUGGCGCUCCGGCUCGAGAUCCCGGGGCUCACGGGCAAGAAGGGCCAGAUCAUCCAGUCGAUCCAACACUGGAUCGACCUGCGCCUGCACGUACGCGACGUGGCGAUUGAAGCUGCGACGCGCGCCAACGACAAGAGGCUGCAGGCCCAAGGCGGCGUGUACGUGCUGGCCGCGACACCCGAAAGCCGACCUACCAUUCUACGACCGCUCAGUGGUCGCACCAUAUCGGCUGUAGCUGCGAACUUCGAGUCGGAGGCCGUGUACGCCCUGGACACGACCAAGGGCCUCGUCUGGCUCUGCAAAACGUCGGGCUUGGCGGCCCAAGUCGGACUCUGCAGCACCCUGCGCGACGACGACGUCUUCACCGACCCGUACGCAGCGCAGUGGCUCGUGACGCCUGUCCCGAUGCAGACGCUUCGCAUGGGCCACAUCCAAUCGCUCUGCGUCGGCCACACGCAUGCGGCGGCGCUCGCGUCCACGGGCGAGAUGUACACAUGGGGCAACAAUCCGUACGGCCAACUCGGCCUCGACCACGCCGUGCGUGCGCGCCAGCCACCGUUCCUCGUCGGCGUCACCGAGACGUUCACGACCAUCUCGAUUGGCGUCGGCACGCAGCACUCGCUCGCCGCGUGCGACAACGUCAAGGAGCAGAACGGCGUCGUCUAUGCGUGGGGCGGCAAUGCCCACGGGCAGCUGGGGCUGGGGCUGGGAGCCAACGCGACGGUGUCGACGCCGCAGCGGGUCGUGGCGCUUGACGGCAAGAAUGUGCGCAAGGUCGCUUGCGGCGCCAUGCACUCGCUCGUAGCGACCGACACGGGCGAUAUGUAUGCGUGGGGCUGCAACGACGGAGGCCGCCUUGGGCUUGGCACAAGCGACACCCGCGUCUCCGAACCGAGGCGCAUCGAAGGCCUGUCGCCGCCGUUCCGCUGUGCGAUCGCGGUGGCGUGCAGUGCGUGGCACUCGGCUGCCAUUUUGGCCGAGAGCCCAGGCGCAAGCGUUGGGACGGUGUUUACAUGGGGCACGGGCGUGUACGGCCAACUGGGGCUCGGCAGCAACCAAGUCGCGCAGAGCCCACAAAUGGUGCCGCUGCCGCCAAUGAAGGCGCCAAGCGAUCCGCUCGAGAGCGUGCGAAUGAUUGCAUGUGGCUUACAGCACAUGGCCGCACUGACGGUGCAAGGCCACCUGUACACGUGGGGCAGCAAGGACGCCUUUAGCCCCCUCCCACACCUUCUCUCUGCGAAGCACCGCUCCCCAGGCCGGAUAACGUCGCUGGCUUGCGGCGCAUCGUUCACGAUCUUUUGCACGCUACCCGUCGACGAGGUGCUGUACGAAGCUCCGACGCGCCACUUGCUGUGGCAGACCAAGCGCCUCCAAGUGCCCACGCUCGACUUGAGUAGUAUACCGACGGAGAUGCGACUCACGUCUGCCGACAAGGUCGUACCGCGACUGCAACCCGAAGCCGAGCGGUACGAGAAAACUCAAGCCGCCCAGGAAGAAGACGAUCGCAUCGAAGCUGUCGAUCUCGACGCAUGGCUACACCCGCGGUGCCGUCUGUGCUGGUUUUGCACGGGGUUCCAAAUCACGCUGACAAAGCUCAAGCUCUGCCGGAUCUGCAAACACAACCGCGAGUUUCACGGGCGUCGCGAGGGUCCCAUGACGCAGUACGAAGCCGUGCGCAAGGUCCAGAGCAAGUGGCGGCAGCGCCAGGGCACUCGGUUCCUCCAUGCUCUCUUCCUCGAGCGCAUCCAGCGCGUCUUCUCGAUCCGCCACAACGCCUUCUUCUACUACAACACGUGCAGCCGUGCCAAGACGUGGGUACGACCAACGUUGCUGCCCAUCAGCAUGGACUGCCCGAUACGAGACCCCGAUGACGCCUAUGUGAAACCACCGCUCACACGCGAUGACGCUGCAAGCGUCAUUGCUGGCCUUUACCGUGGGUGGAAAUCGCGCAAGAAGCUGGCGACCGUCCUGCGCGCGCGGUUCGAGAAGUGCACUGAUCGUCAGGGCCGGACCUUUUAUCGAGACCGCUGCACGAACGCAACGCGCUGGGACCUGCCAUUGCAGCGAAAACGCACUCGAGAAAAGCCUGGUGCUGCGAUCGCUAUCAAGGCAAAGCGGCCGUCAACCCAAGACGACGCAAUCGUGCUGCUCCAGCGCUGGGCGCGAGGUGUGCUCGGUCGCAUGGCCGUCGCGCAGCUCGUGCGGCGUCUCUACCGCGCGCUGCUAGACCCAUCGACAGGCAACACGUACUACUACAACACCCGCACCAAGCAAGUGACGUGGACGAAACCGAGGUGGCUCCGAGAUGCUGGCCAGCAAAAGCGACGGCGUCGACGGGCGCCGUUAACGGAAGACGAGGCAGCGUCGACGUUGCAGCGCACAGCGCUUUCAAAAGUGUGGGACCCGACAGCGCAACGCUACUACUUUGUCGAUGCGGAGACCAAGAACGCAGUGGCGAGCGUCCCAAAGGCCGUCCACGGCAUCGGCACGCUCGUGCUGCCAAAAGUGCGGCGAAAGCGGCGGAAGAAGAAGGUUCUGACGCCCGACUCGGCCGCGAUCUUGGUCCAAACGGUAUAUCGCGCCCGCCAAGCCCGGCGCGUCGCGGCCAUACAAGCCAACCGCGUGAUUGAGCAAAUCUGGGAUCCAUCGUCAAAGGCCUUCUUUUACCACAACAAGCAAACGCACGCCGUGUCGUGGACCAAGCCGCCGUUCUGGGUCGACAAGGUCCCGACGACGACGACGACGACAACUACUACUACGACAACUACGACGACGACACUGCUGGAGAGUACUGUGGCAGCAGUACCCACAGCAUCGGCGUCAGAGCACGCCGCGACGCUGGCUACGAAUGAAACGGUGACACCCACGAGUCGCCCACAUCGGCGGCGAGCGUACUGCAUCACGGACGCCAACGAGGCGGCCGUGCUGUUACAGACGCAUUUUCGGCGUCGGAACGCUCGCGACCAGUGCAAAGCCCAGCUUCUCCAGCGGUUCCAGCGGGUGUACGACCCCAACACCAAGCGGUACUUUUACUAUGACAAGGAGACGAGCGUGUCGCAGUGGACGGCGCCACGCAUGCUCGAGACGCUCCAGAAACGAACGACCAAGCACGUGAGCCAAGACACGGCGGCCGUCCGCAUCCAAGGUGUCUUCCGCCUUCGCCGCGCGCGCCGCGACGCCAUCGCCCUCGCCCAGUCCAAUUACGAAAAGGUCUACGACGAAGCCAUCCACGCGUACUACUACUUCAACACCAAGACGGGCGAGUCGCAGUGGACAAAACCAAAGUGCUUUCGGAACGCGGACGCUGUCUUGCACGUCCUCGUGAAUGCUGCAUCGAGCGAGCCGUCACAAGAUGCAGCGUUGAGCGUUCCACUGCAAUAGCGAUACAGUGC